GUUAUUGUAGGAGGGAGAGGACAGGUGGGAUAUGAAUAUUCUGGAAAGCUGUUUUCCAGCCGAGAUGGUACAAGCAAUAAGGGCAAUUCCGAUCCGAUCAGGAGAAGCAGAUGAAUUGAUCUGGCAGCACUCAAGCAAUGGGGAGUAUACGGUUAAGGAAGGAUACCGGGUUUGGUUGGAGCAAUCGAUGGCACAAAAGGGAGUACAGGGGUCAAGUGAGGGAGGAUUUUGGAAGAAGUUAUGGAGUAUGAAAGUGCCCCCCAAGGUGAGACAUUUCUUAUGGAAAUUCGCUAAUGAUAUUCUGCCUACAGGGGACAGGGUGAGCAGAAAGUCUGACAGAUGGAGUGAGAAAUGUCCUUUCUGCGACGACAGGGAAACACAGCUGCAUGCUUUUGUGGAGUGUGCAUGGGGAUCGAGGAUAUGGCGCCAAUCUCAGUGUGCAGACCUGUAUAUGUUGCAUGACGGGGGAACGACGGUGGAAUGGUUGAAGAAGGCUAGGGAGAAAGCAGGGGAGGACUGGUUCGAAGAGUGGAGUGUGCUUCUAUGGUUCCUGUGGAAGGAGCGUAAUGCUCAAUUAUUCAAUGGGCUGAAAACGGCGGAAGAAGAAAUAGUGCAGCGAGCAAAAAUCUUCCUAGAUGACUACCGGGAACAUCAAGAACGGAGAAUAGCUACCCAACGUGAGACGGGGGACAGGAAGUGGCGGAAGCCCCCGACGGGCCGAGUAAUGGUGAAUACAGACGCUGGGAUUUUGCAGGAAGGAGGCAUAGGGCUGGGCGUGGUGAUGAGGGACGAGAAUGGAUCCUUUGUUCUAGCUACUGCCAAGAGAGUUAAGGGAGAAUUCACGGUGGAAAUGGCGGAGGCUUUGGCUCUUGAGAUGAGAGCACAGUUGGUUCAACAAUUUCAUGUCCAAAAUCCAAUAAUGGCGACAGAUUGUUUACAACUUGUGCAUCUGUUGACGGAGACAUCUUCAUCUAGAUCGGAGGUUGGGGUGCUAUGCAGAAACAUAAGGAGAUUGGUGGAUGAACGACAAGGAAGCUUUUCUCAUGUGUACAGGGAGGCGAACGAAGCAGCACAUAUAUUGGCACAUGCACGUACGAGAUGGGAUGAGCGCGUGGUUUGGCUCGAUAGGCCGCCAAUCUGCAUAGUAGAUCAAGUUAGUAUGGACAAUGUAGCAGCCGACUCCAUUUGAUGAGUUUUUUCCACAGGUUCAUGUCAAAAAAAAAAAAAAAGAGAUUGCAUGGGUCCAAAAUAAUGAAACUUAAUAAAUCGAUAAAUAAAAUUAACAAAAUAAAAUUUACAUGAGAAAUUGUGAAAAACUUCAUCCGAACUGUCCGCUAUUUUGCGGCCAAAACUGUCAUGCGCUUCCUUUUUCAGUGAUUACUUGGUUUUGCAAAGCAUGGAACCGACAGAGACAAAACCUCAUACCUCCCAUUUUCAAUAUCUAUGCUUGGAUUCACGUCCACUUCAAAGUUCAAGGGGCUGUUUUGACCUUGCUCCAACAACAUUUUCACCAUCGUUACCCAAAGGCAAUGGAAAUUAAUACUCCUACCAGAAGCAGGCUUCUUCUCCACAACUAUUGGGCGAGUACUUGGAGCAUCAUCCAGUUUUGGUUUCAGUUCAUCGUAGCAGGAUUUCACCCUUUCUGCUGUGAUGUUUCCAAACAAAAGCUCAGCUGCUUUGUUCUUUACCAGGAGAGGUAUAUAUUCCGAUUCAUCCCACACAUAUAACUGCCAACAUCAGAUGUCUCUGUCAGUGCUGCAUAAUGUCACCUUGAAAGUCCCUUUUAUGUUUAAUAUUAAACAACGAUAUACAGAAGAAAAAAAAACCAUGACUUAGUAGUUAAGGUAAAAUAUAUGAUCGCCUCACAC